AUGAAAGGACUUUUAUUGCUAAUGAUCCUUGCCCUAGCCAGUUCCGAGUCGUGCUCUACAAACGGUGACUGUGCCUACCUAUUUAACUGCGUUAACGGUGCAUGCAAACACAAGGACUUCUUGCCAGUAGAAGGUAUAGAGCUUGCAGGAAUGAUUUUAAUUAUCCUGGUAGGAGCCUUAACCUACGCAUCUGGGUUUGCCGGCUUGGGAGGAGUUCAUCUGCUAACGUUUAUGAUUUUUUUCAACUUUGACGUCCACACAUCCAUCAGCUUGAACCAAGCAAUUGUCAUGGGUGGGGCAUUUGCUCAUGUCCUUAUCAACAUUCCAGAAAGACAUCCAAUUAAGGACCGCCCUUUGAUUGAUUUUGAUUUAAAUCAUAAUAUAGCGACCUAAGCGCUUCAACCUCUUGAGGCAAUUUUCAACCCUAUAGACGAGAAACCAGCGAAAUUCCGGUCAGAUAUUUUUUAUGUAUUUCCGGUAGGUUUUUCUUAGUUUAUGUGCUUGGAAAGAGAUAACUUGGCAACGCCCUCGAGGAUCUCACCGUGAUACCAAGUUGCGGCCUGGAUCCAGGGAUUAAUGCUAUUCCUGUAGCUGCGAAGAUUAGGCAUCCAGCAUUAGUUAGUCUCCCAGGUUUUCUCCCUGAAUCAAGCUACUUGCAAUAGCCUGAUGUAUAGCCACAGAAAUCCAUAUUCUCCCCUCAAUACAAGAGCAGGCAGAAGGAGACGUUCUCAGAACAUGGCACUUCGGAUGAGCAUGGCAUAAGGAUCGGAGAAGGAGCAAGAUGGUGCCCGAGGCAAAUUGCCAUCCAAGUAAUCUAUCCAUCCAAGUGUCCGACAGGGAAUGCCGCAAAGUGAAUGAAAACUCAAGAGUCCAGUGAAUGCUUAACCAGUAUGCUAUGAAAAGUAAUUUAAGAUAAGAUUGAUUUUGAAGUUGUCAUGCUUUUGGUCGAGCCCAUGUGUUUCGGAGCUACCAUUGGGUUUAUAUGCAGCAGAGGCUUUCCCCAGUGGCUGAUUAUUGCCAGUUUAUAGCUAUAGCAUGAUUUUGGCUUGGAGUUUUAUUAUCUUCAGUAGGAAACAGUGGAUUUGGAUUUAAACUUAUGCUUCCAAAUAAAUUCCCUCGAUGGCAGAAACCUAAAUUUUGGUUGGCCAUCAUAUGUGGUUAAGCCAAUUCUCCUUUAUACUUGGCAAAGAUGGAGAAUCCUGAACAAAAAUCGUGCUUGGCUAUAACGCUGGUACUCACUUAUACUCUUUGAACUGCAAUUCAAAAAUUUAUGGCCUUGCAUAAACAAAGGAGAACACAGAGAAGAAGAGAAACAGCCAGAACAGCAAUAGAGGUGUCUGACCAAGAGGGUUCUCCAAGUAAAAAGAAUAACACAAACUCAAUCGAAAUUUCUGAAGAAAACUUUGGCGGAGAGAAUGGGUCACUCAAAGGCAAUUUUUCAGAGGAUGCCCAAGUGUGCCCAGCAUCAGAAGAAGCUAAAGAAAAUGAAGAGUCUGAAGACAAACCAAAUACCGAAGACCAAAAGCACCUUGACUACAUUUUAAAUAAGCAAAGGAAAAUAGUUCCUUAUAGAGAAGUCUUAUUUAUUCUAUCAUUAUACGUCAUCACAAAUGUCGCUCAAAUUAUCCGGGGAGGUAAUGAGCUGAAAUCCCCUCUUGGUUACGAAGUCUGUUCGGUAUGGAAUUGGGUCUAUGUGAUUCUUUUUGAGGUCUUCCUAUUAUGUCUAAAUCUAAUUGCCGGCCUCUUUUUGCUCCAUAUCAUCAAGAGAAAGCUGAGGGUUGGAUACGAUUUUGAUGAUAUGGACAUCAGAUGGAAGCCAAAGACUGCGUUUAUAGCGAGUUUUGCCACUUAUAUCGCAGGCUUUGAUGCAGGGUAUCUUGGAAUAGGAGGAGCGAUUGUAGUUAACCCUACUCUCAUUAGUCUAGGAAUUAGGCCAGAAGGUGCCGGUGUGAUAUCAUCUUGUGUAGCCUAUUUCUCUUUUUCAGUCUCGACUUUCCAGCACUUGGUUGCAGGGGUUGUGCUGCAUGACUACGGGACAAUGAGUAUUUUAUGUGCCUUUGUAGGAACUUUUAUUGGGGUCUUUAUAUUUCAGAAGCCAGCACAAAGGCAUAAUAGAAUGUGAGUUUUGAUUGUCUUAUUAAUCCUAGUUCUUGCUACAGCUAUCAUCGGAAGUAUAGUUUUUAAUAUAUUGAGUGCUAAUGAUUCAUUGGAUAAUGGAUACGAGCCAGAAAUUAAAUUCAAAGCAUUUUGCUAA